AUGUGCUUUCCCUGGCAACUGAUUGAGAGAUCAGACGAAGCUGCUAUCGAACCGAUAGCAGAAUUAGUGCCGCCAGUGAAUCCUGCAGAUUUGGAAAUUUGGGACGAGGAGUAUCGCUGGGACAACGGCAAUCCAGUACCGGAAGCACCGCCAGUUGAAGAAAACAACGUCGAGGAGCAGUUAGUCGUCGACGAAGAGUACUUCGAGGAGUACUACGAGGAACCAGGGGACAGCGAGGACGAAUUCGAGAAUAGACUGCGAUUUUACCCAACGUGGGACACUACAGACGAGUUGAUAGACAAUAUCAACACGACGAUCAUAGGACUCCUUAACGAGAAAAAGGAAAUAAACAAGGAUAUAUUGGACGAGUAUCUUCAACGUGUAGUGAAACCAGCUUGUGACACAUCAGAAAAGCUUGCUGGAGAUGCAUCGUUCAUCGAUGAGGAGGAAGAUAACGCUGUUCCUAGUGUCUCCGAUAGUUCUAGCGACGAUGAAUGUGAGAGUGAUGAAGGAGUCAUUGAUUUUAAAUCAAUGGAUAUUACAAAUUGCUUGAAGUAUUUUGCUUUAUCAACCAAUCAAAAGCACUCGGUGAUGAACAUGUUGCUCUCGAUUUUAAAUAUGAAAACAAAUUUUGUGCUUCCAAAGGAUGCUAGAACGCUUUUAAGCACCAAUAGCCGGAACCGGAGACCGGAACUAAGUGCUCUCGGAAACGGUACGUUCUGGACCCGUGGUAUUAAGAAGAGCCUCAUGGACAAUUUACGGUUUUCUAUUGUGACAGAAACAAUAUCUCUGAAUAUUUGUAUUGAUGGACUUCCGUUGCACAAAAGUAGCAACAUGCAAUUUUGGCCCAUCAUGAUAAAUAUUCACGAAAUGCCUCUGAUCGCACCUAUUACAACAGCGUUAUAUUGUGGGCGCACAAAACCAACUAAUGCUCAACAAUUUAUGGACUUAUUGGUAAAAGAGCUGAACAAAUUAAUGGACGAAGGGCUUGAGUUAAAUAGUCGCCGAGCGCAAGUAAUAAUACGCGCAAUAAUAGCAGAUUCUCCGGCAAGAGCAUUUUUGAAAGAUAAUUCCUUAAACUACAACUGA